AUGAAUAUUACCUUCCAUACAUUCGAAAUGGCAGAGACCAAUGGGAACGAAGUCCUAUCCAUGUUCUUCGAUGAAGAGUUUGUGCCUCAUGCAUAUGUGGACGCUGUUCUUGUCAAAAGUCUUCCAACGAACACCACAUCUCAGAAAGUUAUACCCAGGGGAAGCCUCCAGCCUAACACCCAAUUGAAAGGCCCAUCUUUUCUACCAGUAAAGCAACUCCAAUCCCUUCAAAGUAAUAUUUCCUCUUUGCUUUCUCACGUCGACUUUUAUUCUAACGAACUGACGAAAGACUUAGAACAACAAUUGGACAAAUUAAGAUCUACCGCUACCGUGCUGUCCUAUACCUCCAUUGGCGACGACACCUCAAGCGUUACAAGAUUGGAAUACUACCUGGACUCAUUGUUCAACUCAAUAGAUACACUGCAAGAGGAUCUUGUGGAAAUCAACGAGAAGAUCACGAACCUCCAUCUAAACACAGAUCCCCUGGAUAGGAAGAUAAUGGACGAGUUGAAACAGUAUAUGGUGAUAAAACAGCGUAUGAAUGCAGUUGUAAAAGUUUUCCAGACUGCCCAAACGGUUGCAACAACCUCAUUGGUUGUAGAUGAUGCUUUGGAUUAUCAAACGGCUCCUACUUCGGCUAAUACUCAUGAUCGUGUUCCACAAACAGUGACAGUAUCCGUUUUUUCGUCAUCUUUGAGUAUGCUCCAAGAGGCCAUUCUAGAAGAAAUGCAAAGGGACAAACCGAAGAAAGAAAUUAACCACAAGCUAGUUAGCAAAUGUGACUCCAUGAUUCAACUGCUUCCAGUCUUCAAAGGUCUUUACAAGUUCUAUACUCCUUACAAUGAGUUUGUGAAAUUCCUCGAGGCUCAAAAAGAGAGAUACUUAUACAGUAAAGAUAUGAAAUAUAAAUAA